GAGUGGAUAUCUCUGUCCGGCACGAGCUCAAUCCGAUGUCAACAAAGCAGGCAGCUGCUGUUGUGUUGAGCGCUGUAAAUAACCAAUAGGAACCUGGAAAAAGUUAGAGGAGCGCCUUUUAGCCAAUCACAAAGCGCAGUAGGCGGGCUUUAGAAGCUUCUUCCAAUCGCUCAAGCCGUUACGUGUCGCCGAGCAACCAGGACGCUGCACGCAUGCGCACUUUAAACGUCUGGCUCGGCGAGCCGAGCGUGCUGUUUACAUUUCUAAAUAAAACUCGUCACAGACGAUGCCGGGAAGUUCCGUCAUAAACGGCCGGCAACAUAUCGGACUGCAGAAACUGUCGGCGCUGGCCGGAGUGGUUCGUUCCUCCGUGGGCCCCCAUAAAAAAUACAAGUUUAUUCAGGAUGAGACGAGCGGGGAGUCGGUUCUCGCCUGCUCGUGUUUCCGCAUCAUCGAGAGCCUGGAGCCGACGUGCGCCGUGGGGCAGCUGGUUUUUGAGACCAUCCGAGCCCAUCAUAAAGUCUCCGGCUCAGGAUCAGGAUGCUUGUUGUUUCUUGCCGGCGCAUGGAGCCGCGCCGCUCUGGAUUGUCUCACGAGAGGAGUGUCAGUUACGCAGAUAAUCUCCAUUAUGUCCGAGGGGAUGGACAUCUGCGUAGAUGUUUGCAAGAAAUCCUCGAUUUCUUUCGAGGAUCUUGCUGCAAGAGAGAGACUCGCCGCCGCGCCUCAUGGGUCAGGACAACAGCCGUCGGAGACGACGACGUCUGAUCCCAGGAUUCUCAGGAAAACGAAGCUCAGCAGACAUUUUUGUGAGGCCGCCUCCAGAAGCGUCCCCGCAGCCGGAGUUGCUGGCGUUGCCGAAACGUUGAGUCACGGUUGUGACGGCUCCAUGAAACUCGUGGUCGAAGCCGUUCAGAUGCAGUCGAGGGCGAACCGAGGGCCGAGCGAACCCACGUUUGACUUAUCAAAAGUGACGACUUGUGUCGUGCCCGGUGUGUCGGAGGAACGCGCCUGCGUUCUUCAGGGAUGUGUUGUUCUCUUGUCUCACCAGCAGGCUUCGGUCGCGAACCGGAUCAAAGAGCGACGCCUGAAGGUCGCUCUCAUUAAGGGGGAUCUGUCGCACGCGUAUCGCCACCUCGGCUUCAGGAAGACGGCGGGCGUGCAGCGCGUGAGCGAGCAGCUCGUGUCGGCGGGUUCCAGCGAAGAGGACGAGUGGUUGGAGAAGGUGCUGCGAGUCUUCUCGAGCCUGGAGGUGGGCCUGGUGGUGACCACGGGGCUCGCCUGCGAGACGCUAGUCCAGCUCUGCUGCCGUCAUCACAUCCUCGUAGUGGAAAAUAUCAACGCCUCCGUUUUAAGAGUAAUGGCCGACUCGUCCGGUGCGGUCCCGGUGACGUACGCCACGCAGCUGAGCGCGCACAGCGUCGGCUCCGGGGCGCAGGUGUUCGUCCAGAGGGACCUCRCCUGCUUGGAAAGGUCGUCCGCGGCGGCCGUGAGCGUCUCCGCCGGCGGGGAGGAUGGACUGGUGACGGCGGUCAUCACGAGCUGCGUGCGGGGGAAGCUGCAGGCGCUGGAGGAUCAGUUCUGGACCUGCGCUCAUCGUUUGAACCACGCCCUGAAGGACGGGGUCCUCCUGCCCGGCGCCGGCGCCGCAGAAACACUCUGUGUUCAUCACCUGCUGGAACAGGCAGGACGUCGUCACGGAACGGAAAUACCCACUGACGUCCACAGAGGCGACGUGCUGCGGCUCAUGGCGGACGGUUUCAUCGAUUAUAUAACCGCCACUUUCGUUAACACCGGGAGGUCCUCAGCCGUCCAGGCGAGGACCGCUGUGAGCCAGCAGCUGCAGGAGAUUCACUCAGAUCAAAUCAUCGCAGCAAAGUUCUCCCAGCUCACCUUGGAGGGUGAAAAAGAAGAAAAAACUGACGUUCUUCCAGCAGUAAAACCGAUAAUCUGUGAUAAUCUGAGCAUCAAGCUGCAAGCGUGGAGGAAAGCUUUAGAUCUGGUUUUUCUGGUUUUGCAGACGGAUGCAGAGAUCAUCACAGGGACACAUGGAGGAAACGAUGAUCUGAUGCUGCUCUGAUUCAACUGAAACCUUUAUUUUUCAUCAAAGUGUCGCUUCAUUUAGUCUAAUUAUUUUAGCUUAAAGGUCCUGUCACACUAGACAACUUAUGACAAGUUAUAAAAAUUUUAAAGACGUCUACAUUGAAGAUGGACUUGAAAAAAUCAACCGGAAGCUCGUUUUAGACGUGUACAUUCUGUAACUCUAACAAAUAGAUCAAACAGAUAGAUCUUAUUAGCAAUUUAAACAUUAAAAAUGUUUCUCAAGUUGUCUAGUGUGUCAGGGCCUUUAGACUGUUUGAAGAAAACGCUGCGCAUUUUUCACCACAAGAGGGAGACGUACACGCUAGAAAAUAAAGUUUAAGAUUUUUUUUUCCAAGUCUGAAAAUGUUUUUUAUCCUUUUUUUCAUCAAUUGUCAAUCAAUUAAAAACAAUCUUAAUUUUUUUACUAGUACAAUAG